AGCGCUUCCCCGUUGUUUACUUGCCCCCGAGCCCCGUAGCCUGGCUGGGACAUCAUCAACAUCAACAUUGUUUACCUACCCCUGAAUUUCUCACUCCAACUUGACCAUUUGGGCAUGUUCAUAUCAUUCUCUCAAAGCAUGCUGCCCACGUCCAAGUCGUCUCUAAGUCUUCUACUACGCCCUUGCGGUUCUCGCCGGCUCGUUGCCCCCGUCUCCACGGCUGCCCCGUCUCCACGAUCCCGGUCUCCGCGCCCUAAUUGCCAGCCCUCCUCGCCCGGGCCGAAGCGGGUCAGCCUCGGAGCCUUGCGAAUUUUCACAACCACCCCUCCGCGCUGCUUUCGUUUACUUGCACCUUUUUCCUCCUCCAAGUUUUCCAACUUCGACUUGUGUUUUUUCAGACAUUCAACAACAAGGUUCCUGAUCCUGAAGACAACAUGCCUCCCAAGCGCAAAGCCGACAACUUGGAGGCGACCAAGUCGUCCAUAAAGACCAAGAAGAAGCCAGCCUCCUCGAACGAUGACAAGGAAAUUGCUGAUGCUCAAGCUUCGAGCACAAAAGAGUCCGCCAUUCUCACCGGCGUUGCCCCGUUGACCCAAGUGGGAGACAUGUUCUUCGACAUGACCUCUCGGGUUCCGCCGCCUUCCCAGAAAACAGUCAUCUUGCGGGUGGCGACUGUCUGCUCCGGCACUGAUGCCCCCAUCAUUGCUCUAGAGGCGUUGGUGAAGGCUGUUGAGAUUCUUGGGCAUCCGACACCGUUCCAGCUAGUUCAUCAGUUCAGUUGUGAGAUCGAGGCCUUCAAACAAGGCUUCAUUCGAAGGAAUCUACCAGCCCCGACAAUUAUCUACCGCGACGUUGCAGAUUUGGCUUUGGCUGCCAGCAAGCUGGAUAGAAAAGUUCUCACCGCAGGCGGUUCCAAGGUUGAGAUUCCCCAGGAGAAGAUCGACAUUUUCUUCUGCGGUUGCUCAUGUGUCGAUUAUUCUACUCUGAAUAUCAACAUGACCAAAGCAAAUAAAAAGGAGACCGAAGAGAAGCUUGGCGUUUUCCAGAAUCUCGAUAAAUGGCUUCUUGAUGAUGACAACAAGAAGAAGAAGGACAAAGACAUUAGGAAAACGCACCCAGUGCGACGAAACAAAGAUUUUGACCAAGUUCUCGACGAAUGCCUUGAUGGCAUGGAGGACGCGAAGCUUGGUGAAUCGAUGCGCACGUUCUUUUCGGCGCUCAUUUUCAUCAAAGAGAGACGCCCCAAGAUCGUCAUCCUUGAAAAUGUCGACGGCGCUCCUUGGUGCAUGUACACCAAACGGAUUUUCCCACUUAUCGGUUACAAGGCCGAAUACCUUCAGGUCGAUAGCAAGCGGUACUAUCUGCCGCAAACACGCCAGCGUGGGUAUCUCAUGGCAAUUGACACUGACGCUGCCUCUUCUUCUGGCUGUCCCACGUUGGAAGAGGCCGAGUCGAUCAUAGCUCAUUGGAGAGAAACCAUGAAGAGCCUUGAACGUGCCCCCUCGGCAUCUGUCGCCUCAUUUCUCCAGCUGCCAGACGACAUCGGUACGAUCACGGCCCGCGCUGAUAUGGAGAAGCCUCGUACGACCAAAGACUCGGAUUGGGGCACGAGCAGUCUUCGCCAUGCAGCUGAGCGUAGCCUUCACGAACUUGAAAUGGACGACAACCCCUUCAGCCAAAAGAUGAUGCGAAACCUCAAGGUGAUCGGUCCCAAGCUUCCGCCGCAAUCAUGGCGUCGCUGGUGGUUACAACAAACAUGCCGAUCCAUCGACACAAUGGACAUCAUCGAAGCCACCGGUAACAAGGCGGGAAUCCAUCUCGGUCACAAGACCUGCGUCAUUGAUGUCAGCCAAAACGUCGACAGAUGCACCCCCUUCAACCGUACUGGUUCUGUCAGCAAUCUCAAGCAAUCUCUGGGCAUCAUUGGCUGCAUCACCCCCAGCGGCGCCCCCAUUGUCACAGAUUUGAUGCGUCCGAUCACUGGCACAGAGGUCAUGGCGCUUCAAGGCAUGCCCGUCAACGAGAUGGCGAUUUCGUCUGAAACUCAAGAGCAGCUUCGUGAUCUGGCCGGCAAUGCCAUGACAGUCACCGUAGUCGGCGCAGCCACCCAUGCAGCUCUCCUUGCAAUUCACCGGCAUUUUCCCACACUCUUCGACACCGUCAGCGGUCCCCUCGCCUCACGGUUCAAGCACUACACGAGAUCGCAGAAGUUGCUUCUUCAGCCCGGCACCCAGCAGCCCUCGACUACAUCAGUCGUGUAUGAGCCAGAUACUGUGCAUCGACUUGUUCGUGACAUGAUCCGCGUGUGUCAUUGCCCACCACCCGUUAUUUCGGAUCAAGAUGGGAUUCCUAGCUAUUUUAUCUGUCGGACAUGCCAAACAACCGUUUGUGAGGAGUGCAGUGGGAAUCCCCCUCACCAGCUCGAACCUUGGAGGACCCAUUCCCCCGGAGCUUCAGAUGAAGAAGCGGCUAAAGUAUCCUCUGAUGGGGGUAAGGCGUCCCUCAAGAACCACCUUCCCCAAGUCUUCGUGCUUGGAAUCUUUCCCGGUAACCUGCCUGAGCUUCAGGGGAUGAAACAGCCCCCGGCUUGCGAGAUCCUGGCCAGCAAAACUCGCUAUUUCUUUGGAGAGAUCAAGGUCAGCGAAGUCGUCACCGCCACAUACAAGUCCAGAAGGACCAUCGCCCGUCUGGUUAUCCACCCAGAUGGAAAGUCUACCUGGUUCAUUCAUCACAACCCAGGUUCCAACCUCGACAAUCCGCCCACCCUCCCUAGGACGUUUGAACCGAGUCCGCCCAUUGCUCGCGGCGACUUCCACAUGAGCGUCAAUGGAGUCCACAACAUCAAGUGGUCGUUUUGGAUCCCAGACAGAAUCAACAUCACCGCCCUCCUCGAGAGAGAUUCCAUCACUGCGUUCGCCACAGUAAGAGACAAAGUCUCCGGCACGUAUGCGCAUGCACCCGAGUGCGGGACAGCCGGUAAUGAGCUAUACGUCAGCCUACCCGAGUUCCAUCAGACGGAGCCGACUUUCAUCCUCCGCCAAUGCUCUCGGACCGGUCCUGCUAGAGAGGAUUCUCUGGUCUGGUCAAGUGAGAUGCGCAAGCUUGAUUACCACGAGAUCAGGGAUACCUACAUCCAGGCUCUUCCGGAUUUGAAGCUCACCACGUUUCCCGUUGGGCACAUUGGCGAGACAACACUCUUCAGUCCAGGAUAUUGGACCGAGAUUCAGCAAGACUACUCCCUCAGUAUCUGGGAACGUCUCGAAGCUACUGAAAUUCACUGGGGACAAACGAGAGAUGUUGCAACUAUGUCGUCUUUGGGGGAUAACGCUACUAGCCCUCCACACUUCUCACGUUUUGUCCUUGCUGAAAUAACUGCCAAUGUUGACCAAUUUCCCUUGUCGGCCGCUCGAAGGCAUAUGCUCGAGGCUCAUGGAACUCCGGGACAGUUCAUCAUGGUUCCCUCCAACAUCACCGAAGACUUCUUGCAUGACUUUGCAUUCGCUGCAAAUGCCUUCAGAGCCCAGAAUCUCGGCGGACCUCGUGAAGAAGUCAAACAUUUUACUGACUGGAUUCGUAUCGACCGGUCUGAGCAAUGGUCCAGGCCACCACCUGAUAUCCACAUCAGCAAGACGAAAGGCAAGCGUCUAGCUGUUGAAGACCCUGAUGAAGCCAAAGACUUUGAGGAGACUCUCCUCAAUAUGCCACGAGCCAUUGCCAUCGCUGCCCAGCUUCAAGAUCCCGAAUUGUGUCUCAUAGCCACACUGCAGCCCCAAGUUCUGGCCUCAAGAGCCUAUGCAUACCUCUUACAAGCACACAGGACGGUACCAAGUGGCAGCAGGGAAAUCCAGUCUGCAGAGACCUACUUCAAGGUUUAUAUCGAUCAUGCCAAGCCCCGAAACAUGAGCUUCCCGGGCUUCCAUCCUCUCAUCAAGCCCUGCAAUGACAGCAACAGACACGGGAUCCAGUACGACGAAGCCGACAAGUACAGGAUGAUCAACCCACCUCGAUUCCAAGCCGGUCGUCACAAGCUUCGCGACAGUCAACGAAAUGCUGUUUUGUGGAUGCUUCUCCGCGAGGAAAAGCCCGAGCCAUUCCUAGAAACCGAGAUUGAGGAGGAGGUGGUGACCCCUCUCUCCGUCCGUGUUGUUGGAAAAGCGACCUGGCCGACUAGAUUUCCCUACAGCUCUCGAGGUGGCGUGGCGGCUCACGAGAUUGGAUACGGAAAGACGGUGGUGACACUUGCGCUGAUCGAUUCCCGACGCUGGUUUGACCGUGAGGCCUCUAUCGAGGAGCGUCGCCAGGUUGAUGAGUGCUGGCAUGAGGAGCUCAAGUCCAAGUACGAAGAGCUCAAAGAAGUGGGACUUCCCCUCGCCGAAGAUGAGAAGAAUGAGUUUUUCAUCCAUCUCUCGGCGACUCUUGUGGUGGUGCCUGAGCACCUCACGGAGCAGUGGUCUCUCGAAGCGAAAAACUUCCUCGGUCUGAAGGUCGGAAGCCAGGUCAUUGUCAUCAAAACAGUGGCCCAGUUCUACCUCGGCCGGAAGUUGGACGUCCUGAGGAAGGCGGAGCUCAUCAUUAUGAGCUCCAAGAUCCUCGGUGACAAGUUCUUCGAGAAACUGUGGGGGUUUGGAUGGGGUGAUCUCGAUCCCCCAUUCAAGGAUCUCUCGGGACGCGCGCGUGAGCGCUGGUACCGUCAGGCUCUGCGCAACCUGCGCAUCCUGACGGCCAGUAAGCUCGCGGCUGCAGGCGGCAAGGACAACGCCGCAGCCGAGCGCCGUUUCUUUGGUCUGCAGGCGUCGGAACGUGAGGCUUUCCUGGCCAAGAUCGUUCCCGAUAGCCGCCGGAAGGACCAGAGAACCCCAAGGGAUAAAGUCCCAGCUUCGCCGGCGAAGAAGGAAGAAGGGGGGGGGGAGCAAGUGCCGGGCGCUCGCGCGCCCUGGUGCGUUUCGUGGCUGCACAACUGCAGCUUCGCGCGUGUCGUAUGGGACGAGUGCUCAUACGACCACAAGGCGGACAACAAGAACAUCCCGUUCUUUGUUGAAAACCUUGUCGCGAACGCGAAGUGGCUCCUCUCGGGUACGCCCAAGGUGUUCGGCCUCUCCGAGGUCUGCAAGACGGCCAAGGUUUUUGGCGUUCACCUGGCGCGGCCCGAACCGCGCAUCAUGCCCGGUCUCCCGGCCGUCACUGGUGGUCCGGUCUUGGAACCUGCUUCCAAGAGCGAGGAGUAUCACGCCUACUCCUCCGCGCUCAAGAGUGCUUCUCUCGCCCACGAGAGACACUCCCAGGCCCAGGCCUUCGUGCGGCAAUUCUUCCGCGCCAACCGCGUUACCGAUGAUGGUGGCACGGUUCUCUCUUCGGUGGAGGUGGUUCUUCCUGUCCGCAUGAAAGGAGUGACGGCAGCGCGCUACUACAUGGCGCACCAGGAAGCCCUCGAUGCCGACAUGGACUUUGCAGCUAUAUCCAGUCACGUACGCCAGCAGCCAGACUACUCGAAAGAAGAUAUGGGGGAUUCAACCAAGUCUACGACCAUGAUGUUGGGUCUGUUGGCCAAUGAUGUGGUGGCUGUGUCUCGUGCCUUGACACUUCCAGAAUUCGAGAACUCCCUCACGAGAUCCCAUUGCCGACUGGCAACGUCCGUCAAGUUUCUUUGGGAUAAGGCUGUGUGGCUCAAUAAAUGGCUUACUUACCUCUACCGCAAUGAAGUCAAAAAAGAACAAGAGAACCUGCAAAAAGAAGCAGCAAUGUGCUCAUUCCAAUACCUCUGUGAAGAGGUGAAUGUGGCAAGGGAAGGAGACUUCAGGCACUACGGGGGGGGAGAAGAAGUGUUCAACUGUGUGGCUCAUGCCAUGGUCAACGGCUGUCUUCCGACUGAUCCUACCGUCGAUCCUGCCGCUAUCAUUGCCCAACCCAUGAAAGAAUUCGAGGGCCCCUGGGUGGACGGGUACGAUCAUUCCAAGGCUCAUUUUACCUGGCUGCACUUCUUCGACAAAGCGGAGAUCGAGAUUCCCAAGACAGUCAGCAACGAGACCGCGGUACGGCUUGCUGAAGACCUCUGUGCUCUACGCCGCACACUGCACAUCAACACUCCCCUGGCAAAGGCCCCCCUUAUCCCGGGCGGCUUUGAUCCGGAGCCUCUGUUUCACCCCAGGCCUAAUAUGCCAUUGCCUGAUAUUCGCAAUGGUCUGGACCAGGAUAAAACGACCCUCGGCAACUGGACUGUCAAGGAACUGGUUGAAUUUUGCCAUGCGCACAGAGACCUCAUGCCAGACAGACCUGAGUAUGAUGACGAAAAAUGCCUACCUUUUGAUGUCGAAGGUCUCCACGUUAGCGCCAGUACGACCAGGAGCCAGCUAGUCUCCAAGGCAGUGGAGUUGAACCUGAAAUCUCACGGCGCCGUACCCAAGCUCCGUCAAGCACUCUGGGAACAUAGCAAGAACAUAGGUCGUGGAGGUGCUUAUCGCGACGGCAGACCCCAGUCCCUUAAAGACGGUACCUUCAAGAAUCCAGAAAAUAAGUCCGCGAUGCUUUCAGAGUUCAAAUCGACGGUGGCCGAGCUGAUGAAGACCAUGGGCGACUUCAAGAACGCCACGAAGGAACUCGCAUUCAUGCCCAAGUUUAUUCAGUUCUCGACUUCUCCGGACAGGGAUCAGCUGCUGCAAUCAAGGACCUGCGAUGGUGAGAGCUGCGGGAGACCCCUGACCUCCGCCAGCCAGUCUUACAUCGUGGUUGCCUGUGGACACAUCUUGUGUUCUGCCUGUCGCCAUCCACAGACGGCAAGGCUCUGCCCUGCCAGGAAAUGCUCGUCCUUCAUCAAGGAACGCCCAGUCAUCCCCUGCACCGAACUCAACGACAACGUCAAGAUGUCCAAGGUGGACCACAUGAUGGAGCUGAUCAAAAGCAUCAUCGCCAAAGAUGAGCGUGUCUUGGUAUUCGGCCAGUACCAGUCCUACCUCGAGAAGCUGUGGUCCAGGAUCAAGGAGAUAGAUCCCAAGGCCACUAACCUGGCUUUAGUCACCAGCUCGAGGGAUACGUCUGCUGUGUUGGAGAAGUUCAAGUCAGGAACCGGGGGCAAUGUGAUGCUCCUCAACAUUGACAACGAUACCAGCGCCGGCAGCAACCUCACUGUCGCCAACCACAUCAUCUUUGCCAACCCCUACUUCCACCCCAAUAAGCACCACCAGGCCAUCACGGUUCGCCAGGCCAAGGGCAGAUGCCUCCGGUACGGACAGACGAAGACUGUGUAUGUGUACCACUUCAUGAUGGCACACACGGACGAGGACCGGCUUCUUCGUGAGCACCAGGUCGAUAACCCGGCCAUCAAGAGAUACUUUGACAACGUCAACGGCGGUGAGAACGGAGUUAUUGUGAGUAAGCACUGCUUUAAUGUGCCGGGACAAAGGAGAUACCGUGAUUAA